CUGCUUGGCGGGGCUGAAAGACGGCUGGCGUGGUAUAGGUGUGACUACGAGGUAAUGUCGCGUAGAGGGAUGGAUUAGAACAGCUGGUCUGUAUGAGCCACGAUGUCGAAUUCAGGGGAGCGUGGUUGCGGUUGGCGCAGCAGGAAAAGUGUUCAGGACGGGAACUGUGGGGUGACGGUUGGGCAGGCGCGGGGUACAACGACUGGAGGGGCAGCAGAAAGACGCCAGUGGCGCGUCGCGCUCAGCGCGAGUUCGAAGCGACGGGCACUGCCAUGAAGAAGAGGAUGCCGUGGUGUGAGGUCUGGCUUGCGAGGUCUGGAGUCCAGGCUGGGGGACCGCCCGCUAGCGCCUGCCGAGGCGGCAUAGGCGACGAUCGCCUCCAGGCAUUCGGUGCCCUUUCACCCAAAACAUCCCCCCAGCCAUCGCCCCAGCGCACCAAGUUCACGCGUCCAGCUCGUCGCAAACACAGUCGUCUUGUCUAUUUCAGCGGGAAGCAGGCGUGUCUGAGGUUGAAAUUAGAAUCACUCACAAAGGACGCGCAACGGAGCUCCUCCAGGGCUCAGAAUGGCCAGUUCGUAUCCGCCGCCUCAGCGCCCAGCAAGCCAAACCGGUGAGAGGUCCAAUGCGAAGUGGCUUCAAUACGAGUGGCUGCAAGGCAGAAGGGAUCAGGCUAUAUUUCUUCGUUUGUUGCACACGUGCCCAGAGCGGCAACUGGCGUCCGCAUUCACAGCCUCAGUCACUCCC